CUGUGUGUGGAAGUGUUUCAGGGAUCUGCAUGCGCUGCGCAAACACCCACACACUCCUACGUGCAGUUCCCCUCGAGCCGCGUGGGUACCCACCGAUCCACACUGCUUAGCUAAUGAGCAGGGAGGUGUCGGCCGGCCAGGGGGCAGAGCCAGUCUCCAAAGCACCGGGAGCCAUACCUUCUCAGUCACUUUGCUUUCGGAUUUGCGGACCCACAGGUGAUCAAACCACCUGCUCACAGCUGAUCGCAGGACGAGCGAGACCCACAGCAGGAGAGGCCAGCAUCUGUACGACUGAAACAUCCCUGGAAUAGACAGGAAAAACUACAGCACAGCACAGAGGGCUCAGGGCAGUCAUGGCUUUUUCUGGGCUGCUGAGAGAAGAGGACAUCACGGCCGCGCUCCAGGCAUGCCAAGCGGCGGGCUCCUUUGAUCACAAGGCCUUCUUCGCCCAGGUGGGGCUGGCCAGCGAUUCUGCCGUGGCCGCGGAGAAGGCCUUCAGGAUCCUGGACCGGGACCAGAGCGGAUUCAUCGAGGAGGAAGAGCUGAAGCUGUUCCUGCAGAACUUCAAGGCCGACGCCAGAGUCCUGACGGACGCCGAGACCAAGGCCUUCCUGGCCGCCGCCGACCUGGACAGCGAUGGCAAGAUCGGCGCUCAAGAGUUCCGCUCCCUGAUGAAAUGAGCCCAGUCCAGCGCCGAGGUCCUGUCCACGCUUCGUGUCUCCAACAGGCUGCGGUCGGAAGGCAGUGGGUGCCACUGUACCCUUGCAAUGAGCUUGACUGCAAAACAAGAACCAGGCGACGUGUGCGACGUUUAUCCCUCUAACCUUACCAAACGCUAGUAAGAUGUCACAGAGAUCAGGACUUAGGAAAUAGGAAGCUGUCUUUUGUAAUAUCCAGAUAUGUUUUUCUCUUUUCGCAGAAUGGAUAUGUAUAAUCUUAUACAUCUUAAUAAAUUUGGAAUCAAGGCUUCAA